AUGGUUGGCGAAGUCGAGAUCAAAUUCGGAUUUAUCGACACGGCACUGUCACCCGUCUACACCAACUCUCGGGCCGAGUGCCAGCGGAUCUGGAGCGCACUCUCGAGCGGACACAACAAACUGGGAUUGGGUCAACGAGUCAUCCGCAAUGCCGACAAUUCAACCAUCGCUAUGGGAGAUAUUCCCAUGGCAUUGAGCGAGAGCGGCGGCUCUGCUGCCAACGUCCAAGAGGCUGUCCUCAGUGGGUCCAACAGCUCCUCAUCUCACGACCUCCAUGGCAUCAUCUUUAUGGAGAUCGUCUCGGCUGCGUGUUUGCCCAAGCUCCACAACGUGACAAGGACAGGAUUCGACAUGGAUCCGUUUGUGAUCAUCUCGUUCAGCAAGUACAUCUUCCGGACGAGGGUCGUCCGACACAAUCUCAACCCUAUCUGGAAGGCCAAGCUCAUGUUCAGAGUCCACCACGGCGAGGAGGCCUUCAAGAUCAAGUACUCUGUUCACGACUGGGACAAGUUGAGCGGCAACGACCAUGUCGGAAUCACCACCAUGCCUAUCAGCGACCUCAUCCAGGCUGCCGGUCAGAGCGACACCGGUGCGGUCCCAGUAGAGGGAGAGAGUGAGCUGUUGGAUCCCGAGAUGAAGGACUAUGUGCUCAAGAUUGAUCUUUCCGCUAAGGCCGAGAUCAUCAAGGGCGCAGACGAGGAGGAGUCUUCUCUCCGUGUCCGAGCCAAGUUUGUGUCGUACCACAACCUGCGGAGACGCUUCUGGUUGGGUCUUGCCAGGGCCUACGAUACUGCCGACAAUGUGAACGGUGGAAGUCAGUUCAGCAAGGUCCAGAUCCAGACGAUGCUUGAGGGUCUCGGAUCGACGUUGUCCGGCAAGACGAUUGACAGCUUCUUUGAGAACGUCAACAAGGACCCGGACAUGCAGGAGCUGACGUUUGACGAGCUGUUUGAGCAAUUAGAGCAGCAGGUCAAGUUGGAUGAUGGUGGAUACGGUCAAGAGGUCUCUCCUAGGAAGAAGUUCUUUGGCCGCUCUCGCGCGUCGAUCAACUCCUUGGCGGAAUUGAAGAUCGCAGCUGACCAGCAGGCGGAAGAGAAGGAGAUCAAGGAGGCCUUUGAGGAAUCAGUCAAGCUGGCACACAGCCAGGUUGAACCAGGUUCUAGUCCACAAGCAUUGGAUAUUAUUGAGCCUACUGAUGCCGACUUUGACACCCCUUCCUCUGACGGCGAGCACUUGAUCCGGAUAUCGACGUGCCCCAUUUGCCGUGACCCCAGUCUGGGCACCAAGUUGGAGACUGACAUUAUUACUCAUAUUGCUGUCUGCUCGGGCAACGAUGGCUUCAAUCUUGACAAGCUGAUUCUUGGAGACUUUGUGACCGAGGCCAAUGCUCAACGCAAGUGGAUCACCAAGGUCGUCAAAUCUCUCGGCUACGGUCGCUAUGUCGUCGGCAGAAACAAUGCAAACAUUAUUGUGCAGGAUAGAGCUACAGGCACGAUGCUGGAAGAAAAGAUGCCAACGUUCAUUCGCCUGGGUAUCCGUCUGCUCUACAGAAGCCCCGCCCAAAAGAUCCACGUCGGCAAGAUUCUCGCCAACAUGUCGUUCAAGCAAGGCCUCAAAUUCGACGACCCACGCUCCAAACGCGACAUUGAACCCUUCAUCCAGUUCCACCGUCUCGAGUCCCAGAUGCAAGAAGUCCUCGAACCCAUCCACAACUUCAAGAAUUUUAACGAGUUCUUUUAUCGCAAGCUCAAGGCCGAUGCGCGCGUGUUGGCGUCUCCUGGGGAUGACCGGGUUGCGGUCAGUGUUGCGGAUUGCCGAAUGACUUGCUGGCAGACAAUUACGGACGCGACCAAGUUCUGGAUUAAGGGUCGACAGUUCUCGGUGGCACGGCUUGUGGGUGAUAACGAGCUCGCCCAGAAGUAUGAGGGUGGAUCUCUUGCCAUCUUCCGUCUUGCCCCUCAAGAUUACCACCGGUACCAUAUCCCAGUGAGGGGAGUGUUGUCAGAACCAAACCCUAUCAAUGGUGAAUACUACACCGUGAACCCAAUGGCAAUCCGCAGUCAACUGGACGUCUACGGCGAGAACAAGCGUAUGGUCUCCACAAUUCAAUCCCCCGAAUUCGGAACCGUCGCCUAUGUCGCCAUUGGUGCCAUGAUGGUCGGCUCGAUUGUCUUGACGACUAAGGCGGGGCAGGCUGUGGAGAGGAUGGAUGAGCAUGGAUAUUUUGCGUUUGGGGGGUCGACGAUCGUUGUGCUCUUUGAGCCCGGUGCGAUUGUUUUUGAUGAGGAUUUGGUUAGGUCUUCCAAGGAGCAGAUUGAGAUGCUUGUCAAGGUUGGCAUGCGUAUCGGAGUCUGUCCUCGCUAG